AACGUAGAUAAGGACACUCUGAAAAAUCCUAUAAAAUCAAGAGACAAUCCUCAGGCCGCGUUUAUUCAUUAAAAUCCCACUCCGUAUAGGUCAUUCUCUUGCGGCAAAUAUUAUGUUUAAAUUAAUAAUUUGUUUAUUGCGUGUAAUUUUAAUAUUAAAUCAGUUUGAAUCCUUGACAGGAUUACAAAAUAGUUCAAGUUCAAUGUGCAUUUAUCCUAAUAAAUCUAAUAAAUCCAAAGAAUUUUACAAAUUAAUUUUAAAAGGUUUAUUGCCUUUUAAUGUUAACCUGCUGCAGAAGAAUUACAACAAAUUAAAUGAAAAUCAAGGCCAGAUUGAGACUCUUCUAAGGGAAUUUCGGAUUGAGAAAGAAACCCAACAAAACGUGACCAAAGUCCUGCAGGCAAUGAUUCUAAAACUCAUUCCCCAAGAUCUUCAUCAUCGGCUAGCCAAGAUUGAUCACCGUCAGCAACUUCUUCAGAACAGUAUGAAAAUUCAGAAUAAAAUGAUUCUGAAUACUAAGGAAAUGCAGCUUCAAAUUAAUCAGAAACUAAUAAACAAACAACUUGAAACUAUCAAGAAACUGAUUCCUCAAGAAAUUAAACAAAGCCUUAAGGCUUCACAUGUAAACAUCCGAUUUCAGUUCUCGAAAAUUCAAAGAACCCUCUCCAAAAUCGAGGCACACCAAAGAUUCCAAGCCAUUGGUUUAAAAUUCUAUUAUAUCGAAGAUAAUAUCAAACAAAACUGGACAACUGCAUCCCAAUCUUGUCGCAAAAUGGGUGGUAACCUGGCUACCCCUCAAAACAAUGAGGAAUUUCAGGCUAUCAAAGGAAAAAUUAAUCCUGAUCAUGUCUAUUGGUUGGGUAUUAGUGAUCAUCAUAGGAAAGGAGAAUUUAUAUCUGUGGCCUCCGGCGAGAGGGUCACUUAUUUCAAGUGGCUGCCGGGGGAACCCCUAUAUGAUGAUGAUAGCCAGCGCUACGUUAACUUGUUCAACGGUGGGAUGAGGGUGGAAAAUGGCUCUAUUAAUAGGAAUUUCAUUUGUCAGUAUUAUGAAGAUUAAGAUUAUUAAGAAUAUUAUUGUCACUUAGAAUAGAAAUAAAUUUAUAAUAAUUUAAGAACCUCCUUAUGUCUUUAUAUUAAGUUAUUUGUUCUGUAAAAUAAAUGAUC